GGCCUUCCAGUCUUGAUAUCAUACCCAAACUCGAGCGCUGUGCACACAAAAGGAACGAAAAAGAAUAGAAUAAAAAAGAAAAAAAAUCGAAGCGAGAAAGAAACGACAACGAUAGGGGAUGCUCGGUUAGGCCCAACAAUUCAAACGAGACGGAACAAACAAUUCCUUUGUUUUCGAGUGCAAUAGACUGCAUAAAAAAGCCAAGCACAUAAACACGUCUGUUUCUUCUUGCGCCCACGAGUCAAACAAUUUCGUUGGUUUCUGACACUCCGUAUACGAGUUAUUCACUCUCUAGUACACGCUACGUCACAAAAAAACACCGGAAUACAGAUUCACGAUGUCCUCUUCACACAAUUCAUCGUCUCACCUCAUGCGCCGCCUUGUACCCAAAACCCUCCGUGGUUCACGCCAGAACCGUACACAGAUUCGUACUGAAUCACCAACGACAAAUGCCUCUGCAACUCUUCCUUUCGUUUCUCAUACUCCGACACUGCCAGCAGCAGCAGCCGCCAUGCCUGCGUUAUUCCCUUCCGAAGUCCAAUCAGAUAUAUUCAAGAACGAGCCUCGAAGCGCACCUCAUCCUCCUAUCCGACCCCCUCGACCUCCUACUCUUUCCACCGGUGACCCAAUCGUCACAUAUCACACUAACUUUCUAGGGUUGUUCUCCGGAGACGGAGAGACGCCCAUUGCCACGACAGUUCCGCCGAAGCUUACAGAUCUGGUGCCUCCAAUGCAGGUACACCCUGCUGAGCACGAUUACGAUACUUCGGUUCCAGGCGAAACACCUGCUACAUCCAGGGCUAACAGAGCGCCCGGAGUUCCUCGGGCGAAAGUUAUCGAAGACUUCGAUUACGUCGGGGGCUGGAUAGCUGAUGCGGGCGGAAAGCAGCAAUAUGUGUCGAGAGGUCAUAUCGAAGAGAUCGAGGAAGACGCAGAACGCGACGUUGGAAUUCCAAGUGGAAGUUACCCAGCCGGCCUUUCUGCUAUCGCAGGCCCCUCGUCGCGCUUCCUAGAUGCUUUAUCCUUACCCGCAUCCACCACUCCACCUCCCAGACCAAUGCUCAGUACAAAACGAGAUCUCCCGCUUUCGCAGUCCGAUUCAGGUAGUAACAAUCACCCGUUCCAUCACCCAUUCUUCACCAAACACAAACCCUUGGCGACUACACGUCAGUUUGCCGCAUCUCCCCUUUCCCAGAGUGUCUCUAGUCUUGCGCAUAUGCCCUUGAGAGGGUUCACGAGUUUACACCAUACAGGUGGUCAGGGUCCUACAGGUCCCGAACAAAACACGUUCUUUGGUCCUUCUGCUUCCCACGACACUGACGUCGAUAUGCAAUACGAACCACUACCAGUUGGCUCCCCUCCAUUUGAUCCAUUGGCUGACUCCCUAUCCAGUCUUCCCGGCUUACGAGGAUUUGCUCCAUUCACUCCUAAUACCGAACGCAUUUCUGAAGAAAAUAUCACCUCCACCCCCGAACCAUUUGAGCAUUCUACGUAUCCUGCGUUCGAAUCGUUAGGACACUCUCUUGAUAGCAUUUCGCCGGCACAGCAGGCUGAUCGGAGUGAGAAGGAGCUGCCAUUACCACCGUCACCAACAUCCCAGAUACCGCUUCCGCAUCCAGUCCUGGGUACUGAGGCCGAGGGACCUAUGAACCCUACACUUCCCACACCCGCUCCUCUUCCUCACAUCGGCGACCUCGGCGACCCAAUCAUCAUACUUCCCCUACACGAAUCCACACCACCCCGAAAUCCAAACCGAAACGGAAGAACGAGUGGUAAAAAUAACGCUCAACCUGGAGACGCGAGAAAUAGAAAUAAGAAAGAGAAGGAAAACAGGAACGAUGAGCCAAUAGAGGAAACGGAGCAGAGGAUUUCGACUUCUAUCAAGGAGAUAGUUGGGAUAGUUAGAGGUGUUCGAGGAACCCUCUCCUCUUUCUACCCCGUUCGAACUGUCGUCCCACACCUGGAGAUGUGUACACAUAUCGAACACUCGCUAUCCCGUGUGGAGAAGACCCUGAUCACGAGACGGACGUUGACGGAUGAAGAGUGGGGGUUGUUCAUGGAGAGAAGAAAGAGAUACGUGAAACGGUUAGGGAGCUUACAAAGGUGUCUUCGAAGAUUGUCGGAUGUGGCAAAACGUCCAGUGGAGCCUACUCAUACAAGCAUGUUGGAUACUUUAUUGAGGAAAUUAGAGGAGCAUAACGACAAACUGACAAAUGUUGCCGAUAAAUUGGACGACACUUUUGAACGUCUAAAACUCCGCCACUUGCAUGCCAUCGCGUCGAGACUUACCGAGGAAGCUCAUCGAGGCAGGGACGUGUACGUUAGUGCGAGGGAGGUGUAUCUACGUCGGAAGAGCAUGACAAGGAAGAGCACGAGAAAUUUAAGAGAAGGUGCCAGGGGUUUAGGUAAAAGCGCUACUAGAAAAACUAGCCGAAUUGGUUUAGGAGGUCCAAGGGGAUUUGAACAUGGUGGAUUCGGAGGAACUGGAGGUAAAGGGGGCGAUAGGCCUCCUCGAGCAACACGACCGACACGACCAACUGUGCAACCUGGUAUGGGUUCACAUUAAUGACGACAAGUGGAUACUGUCGAAUCAAAACACUCGCUCCCAAUGCACCCGCGUUGGACACGGAAAAGCUAUCUAUAUCAGAACAGGAUACCAUUCUAUUCGGAUGCCUAAUUUCCACAUCUUCUCAUUCUCUUUCUUGCAUAUCUGUUUUUUAUUUCUAAUUUGGGGGUCUUCGUUC